UGGUGUCCGCCUGUCACCUGUCCUCCUCCUGUCUCUUGUCUGUGUUGCUGGUCUCCCCCUGUCACCUCUCCUCCUUCUAUCUCUUGUCCAUGCUGCUGGUCUCCCCCUGUCAUCUCUCCUCCUCCUGUCUCUUGUUCAUGUUGCUGGUCCCCCCCGUCACCUCACCUCCUCCUGUCACUUGUCCAUGUUGCUUGUCUACCCCUUUCACCUCUCCUCCUGUCUCCUGCUGUGUUGCUGGUCUACCCCUUUCACCCCUCCUCCUCAUGUCUCUUGUCCAGGUUGUGUUCUCCUCCUGUCACCUCUCUUCCUCCUGUCUCUUGUCCAGGUUGAUGGUCUCCCCCUGUCACAUCUCCUCCUGUCUCUUGUCCAUGUUGCUGGUCUCCCCCUGUCACCUCUCCUCCUCCUGUUUCUUGUCCAUGUUGCUGGUCUACCCCUGUCACCUCUCCUCCUCCUGUCUCUUGUCCAGGUUGCUGGUCUACCCCUGUUACCUCUCCUCCUCCUGUCUCUUGUCUGUGUUGCUGGGCUACCCCUGUCACCCCUCCUCCUCAUGUCUCUUGUCCAUGCUGCUGGUCUCCCCCUCUCACCUCUCCUCCUCCUGUCUCUUGUCAAUGUUGCUGGUGUCCCCCUGUCACCUGUCCUCCUCUUGUCUCUUGUGUGUGUUGCUGGUCUCCCCCUGUCACCUCUCCUCCUCCUGUCUCUUGUCCAUGCUGCUGUUCUCUCCCUUUCACCUCUCCUCCUCCUGUGUCUUGUUCAUGUUGCUGGUUUCCCCCUGUCACCUGUCCUCCUUCUAUCUCUUGUCCAUGGUGCUGGUCUCCCCCUGUCAUCUCUCCUCCUCCUGUCUCUUGUUCAUGUUGCUGGUCUCCCCCUGUCACCUCUCCUCCUCCUGUCUCUUGUUCAUGUUGCUGGUCCCCCCCGUCACCUCUCCUCCUCCUGUCACUUGUCCAUGUUGCUCGUCUACUCCUUUCACCUCUCCUCCUGUCUCCUGCUGUGUUGCUGGUCUACCCCUGUCACCCCUCCUCCUCAUGUGUCUUGUCCAGGUUGUGUUCUCCUCCUGUCACCUCUCUUCCUCCU